AUGGCGACCACGCGCGGUUUGAGGCGGCCGCGGUCGUUACAGUGGAGGUUGUGGCAGGCCUGGAGAUUUUCACAACAUUCGGCAUCGGGCCUGGGCACGAGGACAUAUUCCCGGGGCGAUGGCUCGUACUCGCGCACGGCGCUCUAUGAACUGCUGGACGUCCCCACCACGGCCACGCAGGCGGAGAUCAAGGCCGCUUACUACCGGCAGAGCUUCCUCUACCACCCGGACCGCAACUCUGGGAGCGCUGAGGCCGCCGAGCGCUUCACGCGCAUCUCCCAGGCCUACGUGGUGCUGGGCAGUGCCACCCUCCGUCGCAAGUAUGACCGCGGUCUGCUCAUUGACGAGGACCUGCGCGGACCCGGCGUCCGGCCCUCCAAGAUGCCCCCAGAGGACGCCGGCUCUCCCCGUCCGCCGCCGGCCGCCUCUCGGGCCCAAUACGGCGGUCGGGGCGCUCCGGGCGCCAACCGCACCAUGUUCGACUUCGACGCCUUCUACCAGGCACACUACGGAGAACAGCUGGAGCGCGAACGGCGCCUGAGGGCCCGGCGGGAGGCCCUUCGCAAGCAGCAAGAGGACCGGGCCAAGAAAGGCUUACAAUGGGACGAGAUCCGAGACAGUGCUUUCAUUGUCGUUUUCCUCACAAUCUUCGCUGUCGUCGGCUUUCGUAUUUAAUCGGAGAAAGGAGGGAAGGGGAGCCGCCCCAGCCAGCCCUGAGUGAACGGCCUUUCCUGUCUUCUGAACCCUUGGCCUGCCUUUGUCUACCUCUGCUGGGGUCUGAAGUAACUCCCUGCCCUCCCUGACCUGCCCAGCUUAGCCGGUGACCUGCGCGUCCCUCCCCUACGCUCCAGAAACGGAGGCUUUUUGAUUCCUAAGAAAGAGGCCCCAAGAUGAAGAGUCCCGAAAGCCCAGGAGUGGAGGGUUUUUUGGAGUCCCUUGGGUGCCUGCUUCCAGAGUUUGCCUUCCCGAUGUUGUCGAUUUCUGGAACACUUGCUCUAGCUUUAUUGUACAGUCCUGAGCAAGAUUUAUCUGCUCCUGCCCCACAUUUGUACCGUGGGGCUCCUCUGUAACCUUGAAACGUGCCAUGUGACCAAUUGUUGGCUGCCAAAAGAAAAAGUCUGGGGUUGUACGAAACUUGUCUUUCUGUGAGUUCCCCAGGCCACAGGUGAGACCUGAUCCAUAGUAAAAGUGUGAUCUGUGGAAAGUUUGCCAUUCCUCCCUCUAUGGUCAGCCCCACAGUGCACUCCCCUUUUUGUUGGUGGCAUUCAGGAGUGGGAAAACAAGGUCAUCAAGCAUAAGGAAUGAGUUCCCGUGCCCGUAUUUAUCUUAUGUGUGACCUUGGAGACAUUACUCUGUGAACAUGACAGCAGAGGAGUAAAUCUGUCACUCUUUAGUACCCAUAGUUCUAAUCCAUAGUGAUUACAACAUAAUGCUAGUAGGGCCAGGUUUAUCCUUGGGACAGUGUGCCUGUUACCUGGUCACCCCUUUACCUGCUAGCCCCAUUGCUAGCUGUACAGCCCUUCCUCUCUCAGAAAUAGAGUGACAUGCAGAGCUAGAGUCCCCUGAGUGUGGCCCAUGCUCCUGUUUAACUUGCAGUGCUCAUCACAGGCCCCACAAGUCCUUGAAAGAAGGCUGCUGGAGGAUGGGGGAAACCUUGGGGGUUUGGAGUAGACAGGACUACUGAAGGACGGGAGGCUUGCUGAAGGUGGAGACUCGGUUCCUUACGUGUGGCUGGCUGAAGGUGUUUGGUUUUUUAGGUUUGUUUUUUUUUUAAAUUUCCAAUUCAUGGAAAACAGUUGGUCAGAGCUGCAGGAGUAAGGUUGUCUUACCCCUGAAUCGCUGGACGUAGGGAGUGGGUCGG